AUGUCGCAAAGAAUUACUGAACGUUCAAAUUCUCUUACUCAAGAUAUUGAUAUUGCCAGUAUUGAUGGAAUGGUCCGGCUGUUACGGACAUGUGAUGCUCAAAUGUUUUGUGGAUAUGAAACAUUUCCUUCGAGUUUUGAUGAAUCUACGAUUCAGAGUUUGUGCAAAAUUGCCCUCCGAAUGAAACAAUGUAUUGAAGAUUGGCGUUCCGAUGAAUCUAGUGCUCCUGUAUCCAAUGUUUUUAUGAGUGGAUGUGGUACAAGUGGAAGAAUAGCCUACUUUUGUGCUCGGAAUUAUAAUUAUUGCAUCCGAAAAUUAUUUGGCAAAGCUGAUGAUGGAAAAGAUUGCUUUCAAUAUAUAAUUGCUGGAGGAGUUAACGCGUUAGUGAGCCCUCAAGAAGCUGCUGAAGACAAGCCAGAGGUUGGAAAGAAUGAUUUAUUGUCACUUAUUUCACAAAAUAAUACUGAAAAGGGAUUGUUUAUUGGAAUUACCUGUGGAUUUUCUGCAGCCUAUGUGGCAGGACAAAUUAUGCACUUGAGUGAAGAUAAAUCUCUAAAUAUUGACUCUGUUUUAUUUGGAUUUAAUCCAGUAGAGUUUGCAAGAGAAUUACCCAUUGAAGGACCUGAGGGCAUUACUGGAUCCACACGAAUGAAAGGAGGAAGUGCUACAAAAUUAUUACUUGACGUUGCAUUUUCAGCAGCAAUUUUAUCCAUCCUAAAUAAUAAUGAUAAUUGUUACACAAAUGGCAUCUCACUAACACACAACGUGAGAGAGCUGAUUAUCCAUACUCUGCAAGGUUUUGAAAUGACAACUAGAUGUACCUACGAUUCGGCAUUUUCUCUUGGAUCAGAAAUAAUCAAUCCCAAACUUUUCGAAAAACCCAUUUCCAAUGCCAUUGACAUGGCUUCUCAAAGCUUAAAACAUUCUGCUGCCACACGAGACAACACUGCCGUACCAAGAAACGAGAAGGAAAUUGGACAUAUUUAUUAUGUUGGUUGUGGAAAUGCAGGAAUUUUAGGAUUUAUUGAUGCUUCUGAAUGCGUUCCAACGUAUGGAGCUCAUCCAAUGGAUGUGAGAGGGUUUGUGAAGAACGGAUGGAACGAAAUUUUCCAAUCUGAAAAGACAGAUUCGAACAGAGAAGUUUUACCACAAGUCAAUUCCAAUGAUUCCGUUUUCUUUUUAGUCAUUGACAACACAUUGAGCGAAGAAGUUUUGAAUGAAAUGAUUGAACUUUAUCAUGAAGUGAAAAACACGAAAUUGGCAUCCACCUGUUGGCUAGUCGUGACAGCACAAUCAACUGCAGACUAUGAACACGCUUCAGUACUACCAAAAAUUUCAGAAUUGUUGCUCAAUCAAUCACACGACAAUAAUAAUACAAAGAAGACUCACACAGUGGUAGUGCCACUUCCAAAGUUGACUCCCGUUCCCUAUUUAUAUGGCUAUGCAGAGCUUUGUUUGAAAUUAAUGCUCAAUGCAAUCACAACAGCGUCUCACGUUCAAAAAGGAAUGACAUUUGGUAAUCGAAUGAUCAACCUUAAGGUUAGCAAUAACAAACUCUAUUACAGAGCCAUCAAUAUUGUGAGUACGAUCAUGAAAGUGAGCGAACAAGUAGCUGAAGAAUGUGUGUUAAGAGCAAUUUAUAAUGAUACAACUCCAGACAGUAAUUUGGUUUCUCAUCACAUUUCAAAAGCCAUGACUGUGAGUAAGGUUGUUCCAGUUGCUCUUUUACUUGCUGCAAGUAAGGCUGCAGGAGAAAAUAAGAGCGUUUGGGAAAACAAAAUUCAAGAACAUUGA